AUGCAACUCGCAGUAGAACAUUCCUUGGCCUGGACGCCCAGCACAGAGUCUUCCGAAUUUUCCUCUGCGCAACUUCUGCCUGACACCAAUCUCACCUGCUCACUCCCACAAUCUCACAGCGUCCAAGAGCAGCAGAAGCCAUCAAAACGGUCAGGUUUGCAGCCAGUAUGUGACGCUCGGAACGUCGUCAAAGCCCUUUGUACAGCCCCAGUCACCAGGUCUUCGCCAGCCGCGUGCCACGGUGCGAGGCUGCAAAACCUCUCAUCCCCGUCCAGGCCAACACCCUUUGCCAUUACGCAGAACCUUCGAAUCCACGACAAACGUUACUUGGAGUCCUCGAGCCCAACUGUCAAAUCAGAUGCAGCUUCUGACACCAUGAAAGGCAAUUUGAUACACAGACCAGGCGAUGGGGUCUCGGACAGGGCCACCCAGUGUCACCAUAGUCACACCGCUGCCGUUCUUCAAGCCUCAGCUUCAUCGCCUCAUGUUUGCAAGCCGACCGGCUCUGGUCGAACUUCUCUCGGCGCAACAGUCAAACGAGUCGGCUGUGGCGAGGCUCUGCCACCUGUGUGCGUUGAAAAAGCCGGCAUGGGGGACGAAACAUACUAUAAAAAGGCAGCUGUGGUAGGCAUCAAGGGUGAUAGGCUCGCUGUCUUACAUGGAGCCCCUCAAGACAACGUGGUACUGCCCUCCGACUUUGACUUGGAUUCCGAUAUGGAGGAUGACAUGGGCAAACUUGUAAACGGAGAUUCGGACACUAAAUCACACCAGACACCUCCUCUCAGCGUACUCGAAGCCAUGGACAGACAGUCGCGUGAUGCUGAUGAGUAUGAUCCAAAACUUCGGAGAUCACCACUGGUCAGCCAGGAUGAAGACUCAACUAGCAAGAACGGCCAAGGCGACUCCGAUGGUCAGAAUUGUGACAUACUGGAUUACGAAGUCGACUGGGAUGAGGUCAUGGCUUUGAUCAAGCCAGAUGCAUGCAAGAUUCACGAGCAUAACCCUUCCCAGCCAGUCCUGCAGUAUGGGUCUAUACAACAACCAAUGGCUACUUCCACAAGCCUGAUCAAGACGAGCAACAAUAGGGCUGACAGGAUUUCUCAGCCUACAACUUCGGUCAGAGGCUCGACAAUGCUUAGCGGUACAGGAAACAACACUGGAGUCAGAGCCACGUCCUCAAUCAGCAGUGUGUCAAAUCAGGCUGCUGCCCUUCGAGUGUGCUUUCGAAUUGGAGAGAUUCUCAACCAAGGUUCACGGUGCUUUCGAAAUGAACAGAGGGCAGUCUUUGAGCUAUUUGCUCGAGUCACGUAUUCGAGUCGAGAAACCUACGCAAGAGUGCAGCACUUCCAGUUCGCAGACUUUUACAAAGACUAUCCUCCAUUUCUCUCGGGAAUGAUGAGAAAUUGGGAGCCUGACAGCAUACUUGACAGCCAGGCGCGGGAGUUUCUGGGAGAGGGUGGUCCAAGGUUUUGUCGCUGUACCUGUCGACUCCAGAAAAGUAUCAAUACUGACACCGGCUGGGUCAUCUCGAUCCUUUCUAUCAGACUCAGCGACCAGGAUGAGGCUGACUCGAUGAGGAGGGCGACACUGACGUAA